CUUGAUUUAAAAAAGAAAAUGUUUAACAGCGGUUAACUGCACAUAGCGAUUGAGAAUAUAAUUGUUUUAACCACUGAAAAAAAAAAGAAUUGGGAAGAGUAAGCGAAACGUGAAAUAUAUGUGUCGCAUAAACUCCCAUCCCGGGUUAGAGAGAGGAGAGAGAAAUUGAGAGAGGGUUCCCGGCCGAUGGCGAGGCUCCUUUAGCCACCGUCGGUCCGGUCUUGUUUUUCAAGUUUCUUUUAAACGUGGGUUUAUGUUUUUAGGUUAUAGAUCUGUUGGAUUUAGUCUCGGCGGCGUACCUAUCUACGGUGGCCGUCCGAUUUUGUCUCGGGAAGUGAUGGCUUUUUCAGCAUCUUCUUCGCCGAUCUCUGUUUCCGGGAGACGGUGGCUUCUUCAGCACCGAGAUCGCCAGCUUUUGGUUCCGGGAGGCGGUGGCUCUCUUAGCACCGCUAGCGCCGGCUGGUUUCUUGAGUUACCCCACAUCGAUCUAUGAAUCUGAGCCUCUCUUGUUAAUCCGCCUCUCGUUUUUGAAUCUGGUUCCGCAUGCAUGAAUGUCGGAGAUGAUGAUCGAUUGUAGGCGGUUUUAUUCUCUAUUAAAUUCGUAGAUCCGACUAGUUAUGAUUCUCGGUAUGCGUUGGUUGUAUACGAAUCGCGGUGGAAAGUUGGUUUUGAAUGGUUUCGGCUCAGAUUCGAUGACGGCGUCGCGGUUAGCCGUCGUAUCGCGGAUUCCGGAGCCGAAGGAAGAAGAGAGGGAGGCGCGCGCUUCGCGCGGAUCGAGCGGCGCUCCUCAAGCUAGAGUUUUCGGAAGUUGGGCCUUUUGGCCCAUAAUGUUAGUUGUGUUUUUUCGCCUUGUGUAUUUGGGCUUUUGUAAUGUUUGGACCCUGACCUUUUGGGUUUUUAACCUCCUUUAAUAAAUUCAGAUGGGAAAAAAAAAAAGAGUAAGCGAAACGUGAUGACACGGUUCUAUAUGAAUAUUAUUUAAUCAAUUUAUUUUUGGUAAGAAAUUAUUUAAAUAAUGAAUAUGUAAGAAUUUUGGUGAGAAAAGUGCGAAAAGGCAAGGACGCACUGCAUUGGCCGGUCAGGUGAGGUGGGUCCUUUUACUGCUCCAGUCAGUCUAUUACCACAAGAAACCGCAGAAACCAGAACUCAAAAAGCAACUCAAUUUUAUAAAUUACUGAGAAUAUAAUAUAUAAAGUACUUUAGUAAUUUAAAAGAAAAAUCUAAACAGCUGUGGAAGAAUGUCAGUUCUUAUUAAAAUCCUUGAAUAUUUAUUUUAAGUUUACAAAAAUAACAAAUUUCGUUUAAAUUUCUUGUCUUUUUUUUUUUUAUAAUCCAGGAUUCCCCGCUUCGCGGAUCAUUCCAUGGACCCGGUUAGGCAGCGGGUCAGCUUCACCCGGGAGGGUAUUCCCUGAGCCCGAAGGCCUAGUACCCGCUUUUGUGACAGGGAUGAGCAGUUCGUCUCCGACUGACGUCGAACCCAGAAUUGGCCCCCAAAACUCUAACAGUAGAGCUGGCUCAUCCCGUCAAAUUUCUUGUCUUUUGACCCUUUUUUUUCUUUGAGCAACCUUGUCUUUUGACCUUUAUCUUUUCAAUUUCUUGUUUUCUUUUAGAUUCAUAAUGGUCUCAUUUGUAUACUAAUUUAACUUAAUCUAUUUAUCGUUUCAAAACUUUAAUUUAGCUUUCUUAGGUAUUUUUAGUAUUUUUAUUUGGUUAAUUAUUUGAUAUCUUAAAUGUUCUCUAUACGUCAAAAUAGAUUUAUUCACCCUGCUCUUUUAUACCUACGUAAUUUAUCCUUUUCACCUUAUUUUUGUUAUCGGAAACUUUUAGCCAUACGUAUCAAACUAUACAUACACAUUUAAUAGAAUCCGACUCUCGUUAAGCUAUACUCCCUCUCUAUCAUUUUAGUUAGUGUCUAAGGUUUUUACACAAAAAUUAAAAAAAAUACAAAAUUUUAUGAAGUUUAUCUUAAUUACAUAAAAGUAACAUUAAACAAAAUUAGUUUAACCAAUAAAAAAAAUACAAUAUUUUAUAAUUGGUCACAACAUUUUAAUGAUAUUAAAUUUUAUCUAGAAUAACGAAAACAUCACAUAAUAUGAAACAAAAUAAAAAUCCCUAAACACCACUUAAAAUGAUACGGAGUAAGUACUACCCACUAUAAUUUAAACAGUGUAUAUAAAAUAUGGGGGUCCCGGUAUAUUUUUAUUUUUCAUCUUUUUUAUUGUCACGAUUUAAUUUUUCGUCUUUAAAUAUUCUCUAUACAUAUCUUUGACGAUGUGAUGAUACAAAAAAGUAUAAAUCAUAUUCAUAUAUUAUAUAUAUCAUGUCAAGUCAUGUAGAACCCUUACAUGCAUAUAUGUCCGUGCGUGUAGUAUAGUUUAAGGAAACAUUCCCUUCAAAGGAUAAUAAUCACUCUCCUUUUGUUUCCCUACUUACAUAAAUCUUCUUCUACGCAUCAAGACGCAGUGAGAGAGAAGAGAGAGAAAGUCCGAUUGUUUCUCCAGUAAACUGCAAACCGACCUUGUGUCUGAAAAUGGCGUUGUGCAGGAAAAUGUCAAGUUGUCUACUGAUUUUGCUGAUUCUUAUUUCGACCUAUUUCAGUCUAAUGGCUAAUGGCAGACCAGAGCCAAGCUCGUAUGAAACCACUACUGGAGGUGAUCAAGACCUGAAGAUGCUGAUGAGAGGUUUAAUAGGAUCAAGUCCACCAAGAUGUGAGAGAGUGAGAUGUCGUGCGUGUGGACACUGCGAAGCAAUACAAGUUCCUACUAAUCCUCAAACAAAGCUCCGUCACUCUCCUUCCUCUGAGAUUAUCAAUCUUGAUUACACCAGAGGAGACGACAGUACUAAUUAUAAACCAAUGAGCUGGAAAUGCAAAUGUGGUAACUCUAUCUAUAACCCUUAAAGAGAUUUCUUACUCUUGAUCGAUACAUUUUAUUUCUUUGCUUUUGGGUUCAAAUUCUAAAAUAUCUGUGUACAUAUAUAUAUGCUUUAGUUGUAAUCUUCAGAGUUUCUAAAAAUUCUGCGUUUAUUUUGAUUCUGAUGUUGUUUAUUAUUAUAGUGUAGUUAACAAACAACAGAGAUAAAUAAAACUUGUGUUAUCAAAAUUGAUUUGUUUUUGUUAUUAUAGAUAAUGGGUUUUAAUUUACGAAUCGUGAAAGUAAAAUCUUUUAACAAUAAAGGAAAUAUGAUUAGAAGAACACGCAUCGUAAACAGAACGCACGGAAACCUAUUUUCAAGACGAUUCUGACAAAUACCAAUUUUAUGGAUGAAAGUUACA